UCAACGGACUAUUAUUAUCGCUGCGGCUAGUUCAUUGAUAUUCGUUGAUUUUUACAUAAAAAGAAGGGAACAUGAGUCAUCUAUAGUGGUUUAGAGUUGUGUAGUAUUGCAACAGCAAUUGGAUGGUGGGAGAGUUCCUCUCCUAUAAUCAUUUUCCAAUGUUUUUACUCGGUUUUAGCGUUAUAAAGGGCAGGUAGCUAAUGGCGGAUCUUCUUACACCGGGCGACGUGGUGAGGCAAAGAUGGAAAAUCGACAAGAAGAUCGGUGGCGGCGGAUUUGGGGAGAUCUACUCUUCCUUGGAUUUUGUUUCAAAGGAAUCAGUCGCCCUGAAGGUGGAGUCUGUAAACCAGUCCAAACAAGUCCUCAAAAUGGAGGUGGCUGUGCUGAAGAAGCUCCAGGGCUGUAGCCACGUUUGCAAGUUUAUAAGCUGUGGCAGAAAUGAGAAUUUCAACUAUCUUGUGAUGUCACUACAAGGCUCAAACCUUGCUGAGUUACGUCGAAGCCAGCCCAAGGGAGUCUUUUCUCAAAGCACUAUGCUGAGACUUGGUUUUCAGAUUUUACGGUCUAUAAAAGCCAUCCAUGAAGCUGGAUUUUUACAUCGUGACAUUAAACCUUCUAAUUUUGCAAUGGGCAAUACACCAGACACUUGCCAUUCCUGCUUCAUGUUAGAUUUUGGUCUGGCGCGGCAGUACACCAAAAGCAAUGGCGACGUGAGACCAGCAAGGAGCUCUGCAGGGUUUAGAGGGACUGUUCGGUAUGCAUCCAUCAAUGCUCAUGACAAUAAGGAAAUGGGAAGACAGGAUGAUUUGUGGUCAUUCUUCUACAUGAUGGCAGAGUUUGCAAAUGGACAUCUACCAUGGAGAAAAAUGAAGGAUAAGGAACAAGUUGGAAAAAUGAAGAAAAGUUACGACCAUCAGUUGUUUCUGAAGUCGCUUCCUUUGGGCUUUAAACAAUUUCUGGAUCACAUCUACAAGCUGAAGUAUGAAGACAAGCCAGAUUACAAGAUGCUCAUUUCCAUUGUGGAGAAAGCGAUCGCUAAGAAGAGUAUAAAAGAAAGCGACCCGUUUGACUGGGAGAAAAUGCCGUGUGAUGUUUCACAGGCCACAACAACCACCAGCACUCCUCCCGUGGGGCAAAUAUACACAACCCCUCCGGAUAACAAGCCCGGUCCGCCGAACCAUCAUGCCUCGGACCGAGUGUCGCCCAGUAUGGACAUGUUGGAAGAUCACAGUGCCGAGCAUGGCAAUGAAGCGAACAGAAAGGAUAACGUUCCGAAGAAUGGCAACACUUACUACAAGUUUGGCACAACAGACAGAGGAGUGAUACAAAAGAUAAGAGAAGUAUUGGACGCUGUGGAAAAAGAAAAUGGGAAUUUCUUGAAGCCCCAGGCUGUUUUUCAAAAGGCGACCAAACAGGAGAAAUCAGUGAAUGGAGAAAUAAAACUGGAAACGCCAACACUGAUUUCAGCAAUCGUUCAAGAUGUCCAAAUGGCAAAGAUUGGUGGCGAAGAAAACCAGCGCAUGGUCGAUGAACCAGACUAUAAGGAGAUCGAAAUUAUACCUGUUCCUCAAGUCAGAAUGAACGAUCAGCAAAAUAGGACACUGGAUGUGAAUGAUCCCGAUGAUUCAGGGAAACCAACGAUGGAGACGAAUGUGGCUGUGGAAGUAGGUGGAAUGGACUUGGAUAAAGUCGAAGAUAUUAAUUCUCCAAAUCUGCCACAGAGGAAAAUAGGGGUGGCUUCGUUAGAAACUGAAUUCAAAAGGGAACAAACUUCCCCUACGAUGCUAAUAUCCCAAGACUCCCCCUCUGUUGGGAUUCAGGUACCGGGUACUUCUCUAUCUGUUAUUAGAGAACUGUCAUUGCCAGACUCCAAACCAGCUGAAGUUGAUGUUUGCGGAGUUGAGGCGAAACCGGAACUUAUCGAGGAAGUGGAGGAAAGGCGAUUUGCGUCUCUGUGGUCCCCUGGGGUGGUCGAGGACCAGCCAGUUGUAUACAUGCCCCCACCGGUGGUAGAAACAGAAUGUGUGGAGGAAUUGGAGGAGCUGGCUAAUGUAGGCAGGAAGGAGAGACAAGUAGGGAGCAGUCAUCAUUUGUCAUCCCAUCACCAUCACCAUGACGACAUGAAGAAGCACUUGCGAGAGUUACCGCUGGACUCUGAGCCCGUCAGACAUAGCAGUGACGACAAGAAAACUCAUGACGAGGUUAGCAGUCAUAAACUGGAUCAUAGGUCUGCGGGAGAUUCUCAUGAAGGACCCUCCAGAAAUUUGUUCCGUGUGCCGUCCAUACUUGAGCAAAUGGUCGAGGAGGAGCCGGCGGAGGUUGCAGAGAACAGAGGUCUAUUCCGUGUUCCCUCUGUUUUAGAGCAGAUGAUGGACGAACCACCCGUCGAGCCGGCAGACAACGUUCCUCCCUCCCCUGGCGUGGACGAAUACAGACUUGAUUCGGCGGAAUUCGUGUCAGACAAGCACGACGGGUCUUCUCAUUCGCACCACGCUCUUCACAUGCCGGGAUCAGCCAUGGCUGCCGUCACUACUUGCAGGGAUUUGCACUUCAGGGACAGCGAAGUUGGGUUUAUUUUGGGAGACACCGAAGUUGCUCCCGCAGCAGAUUGCAAUUCAUCAUUUUCACACGCUUCAGAGGGCGAGAAUUCUAACGAAGAAAAUGGCACAGAGUUUCCCUUGGAUGAAGAAGAUAAGGCAGAUCGCAAUGAUUCGCGACCCUCGCAAGAAGAUAAAGGUGAAAGUAACGACAGACGUAUUGUUUCCUUAUCAAAUGGAGGUAACGAGGAUUCGGUUGUUUCAAACGAGAAACAUGUCAUUGAAACGUUACUAGGAACGAAAGAAACAACAUAUGAGAAAAAUGACGAGGCAAUGAUAAAUGAAAUUCCACAGAUUUCGGAGGAGUUAAGCAAACAAGAUAAGAAUGUACUCUUCUUUAUUGGCGAUCACAACGAAGAUACGCCUGAGUAUAGUGAACCACUGUACUCCGGAGAAGAAAACCUUGAUAAUAAUUUCUUCUCUGAAGGCCAGCCAGAAAAGCCUGCCGAGAACUUGAACAAUGCCAAAGAGAGUUUAAAUGAGGCUAACAUAGGCCGCGAAGAAGGCGAACAGUCACUUGAUGUCGCCGAGCCUAAAAUACCUACUUUAAAUGAACUCUUUAAUAACGAUGAAGGGGAACCAGACUUUGCGGACGACGUGGUCGACGAUUACUGGGCACUAGAAGAACCUAGUGAUUACCCGGACACACGGGACCAUGGUGACUUGGAGACGAGUGAAGAUUCUCAUCAGGGUGACGAGUUGCUCAGACCCAAGCCUCCUCCAGGACGGUCAGAACGAGGUUGUAUUUCAGCCAGACUGCGACGGUACAAGCCAACCAAAUCACGCCUGGAUUUCAUCCGCCCACUGGUUGCCAUUAGCGACAAGCCAGAGUUUAUUUGAGCGGCAGUAAGAGAAAUUAAAUACAAAUUUAAUAAAUAUAGUUUUAAAUUAUUAACUCAAAAAGCUGCUAGUAUUAGUUAUAGUGCCUCAGUUGUUUUACGAAUACAGAAGCUACAAAGUACGCUCCGCUGGUCAGCAAAAAUAAUAUGGCUUUUUCCAGUUUGGCGUAAAUCUUCUUUCUUAGGACAACUUUGUUGCUAGAUUUUUUCCAUAGCUUGCUUAGCUGUUAACUCGUUUUCCCUCGCUAGUAUUCUCUGUAGAACUACGAAUACAAAGCCAUCCCUUCAAAAAAUUUUGGAAUACCCAAUUAUGAUAAUUUCGCGGUUUAGGUAUUUCAACAGUUUUUAACUCUUUGAAAUGCCCAAAUUUCAGGGAUGUUAUUUGAAGCGUUUUACGCAUCUCACGGGCCAGAUAAUGCCUCACGGAUUUUGCUUCUGGUCGUAUUGAACGAAAAAUUAACACUCAGAGACAAAUCUUUUUAGCCUGGGUAAGCUUCUUAAUGUGACAAGCAGAUAGGAUUAAUAAAAGGUAAUAUUUUAGAUUCGCCCGUUUGAUGCCAGCUAUUAAUUUAUGAAAUUUUCCUUAAAUGUUUUGUGCCAUUCAACACGGAAGUUAGUGGCAAUUAUUUCACAUUUUAAUAUUUAUAUCGUAGACUAUUUAAUUCUUAGAAAAUCUUUACUUGUUUACCCAUGGCUCAGAAAUUUGUGUGUCGAAUGUUCUCAACACUGCAUUAUGCUCGUUCCCCAUCAUCAAGUUUUUGUAGACUGGAGUCCUCGAGGGACGAGAGGUAAAAGCGAUUGUGUGGUGCAGUAGUUCUCGCCAAAUUACUCGCUGAAGAGACUGAGAACGAGUCUGAUACUUCCGUAGAGAAAUUGAGCUGACAUUUUAUGUUUUUCGUUUUAGUACAGCGGAAUACUAGAAUACGUUAGUUUGGUUGUAUCCCAAUUUUCGUGUCAUCAAAUUUUCACUAAUCGAAGGAGAAACGCUCUGAAAUUUUAACUCUCAAUUGUAUUAUUUUAAAAAAAUUGUUAGAAAACCUAGCAAUCGUGAACUGUCGAAAAUUCUAAAUUAGCUUCAAUUGGGUUGGGGAGGGGAGGGUUGGUCUAUGCGCGUCAAGAGGGCACGUUGCUAUUUGAUAUCAAAUGAGAAUGUUAUUUUAUAGCGCUAACUUAAACAACUAAUUUAAUGCACCUUAUCAUUGUAUAUAGAUUUAACAAAGUUGUAUUUUGCUUAAUAAAUUCACACUAAAACAUU